AUGUCUUCAAUUUUAGCUAAACAAAAGAAAUUCGGUAACACGGGUAUGAAGAUUUCUCCAAUCAUUGUUGGAUGUAUGUCUUAUGGUUCCAAACAAAAUGAAGCCUGGAUGGAAGAUAACAAAGAGAAAGUGUUCAAAGUAUUAAAAUAUUGUUACGAUCAUGGAUUACGUACUUUUGAUACAGCUGAUGUUUAUUCCAAUGGUGCGAGUGAAAGAUUGCUUGGUGAAUUCUUAAAGCAUUUUAAUAUCAAGAGAGAAACUGUUGUUAUUAUGACAAAAAUCUUUUUCCCUGUGGAUGAAACUUUGGAUCCUAGUUUUCGUAACAUCUUAGCAGAUGAACUUUCUUGCUUGGAUAUCACCAAUCAGCAAGGUCUAUCCCGUAAACAUAUCAUGGCAGGUGUUCAAAGUUCUGUUGAAAGAUUGGGUACUUAUAUUGAUGUACUACAAAUUCAUAGAUUUGACCCUAACACUCCAAUCAAAGAGACAAUGAAAGCAUUGAAUGAUGUCAUUGAUGCCGGUCAAGUUAGAUACAUCGGUGCUUCGUCAAUGAGACCAACUCAAUUUGUUGAAAUGCAAUCUAUUGCUGAAAGACAUGGAUGGUAUCAAUUUGUUAACGUUCAAUCCUGUUAUAAUCUAUUAUAUAGAGAGGAUGAACGUGAUUUGAAUAUAUAUUGCCAAGAACAUGAUAUUGCAUUAACUCCAUGGUCUCCAAAUUCUCAAGGUAUCUUAACAAGACCAAUUGGUACUCAAACUGAAAGGUUUAGUACUAGUUUUGUUAUUAAUGCAUGGAAACUAAAUGAUUUAUCACCUGUUGACACAAAAAUCGUCAAUCGUGUUGAAAAAUUAGCUAAGAAGAAAAAUAUUCCAAUGGCUGUAUUAGCUACAGCAUGGGUAGCUAGUAAGGGAUGUUUUCCAAUUGUUGGUAUGAGUAAAACUGAAAGAGUUGAUGAUGCGUUAGCAGCAUUAGAUGUUACUUUCACUGAAGAAGAAUUGAAAUAUUUAGAAGAACUGUAUCUUCCAAAACCAUUAAAUGUCAACUAA